AACCAAAUUGGAUGAUUAGGUAACCACGACAUGCAUACCACUGCCCGGUGCUCGCCAGGAUCUCUUAGCAGACCCCCAAUCAUAGACAUGCUCUGCCAUUUCAUCAAAGAGCUGGGUCAACUGCGGGAGUCUAGGUAAGCAUGUUCCUGCCACAGACCGAGUCAAUCAGCUGCUUGUCUUCAGGGAAGAGAGCCCGAUAGAAGGUACCCACCUUGAAAGCAACAUUGAAACCAUGGUUGGGACACUUCAGGUAGAGGCCUUGAUAUCUCUCCCCAAGUAUCCCGGAUGGUCUCAUCCUCUUCCUACGCAAAGUGGGUGAUCUCCUUCUGCAGAUUCGUAGUAUUAGAUGGGGGAUGAUAGCGGGUCAAGAACUUGUUGGCCAAGGCGUUCCAGGUGGUGAUCUACCCCGGAGGUCAGUGGUUCAGCCACAUCUUGGUCUGUUCGUCCAGAGUGAAUGGAAAGUAACAAAGCCGAAUGGGGUCUUGAGGGACCCCAUUGACCUUGAUCGCAUCAAUCAGCUCAUGGAACCGACGCAAGUGCUCGCGUGGGCUCUCUCCUAUCUUCUCGUGAAAGGCCACAGAACCCUUCAGCAUUAUGACGACACACAUCUUCACCUCAAAGUUUUUGGCAACAACAUGAGGAUGUUGGAUACUUGACCUCAUCACCUUGGCCCUGGAGGUCCAGUAGUACCCCAUAGUAUGCUCAGCGAGCUGUGUCACGGACAUAGACUUCCAAAGUCCGUGUGGUGUCUUGAGGUGCACACAUUCCUCAAGACCAGCCUCUCUACAUACGCAUGCCAACUGCUUUCGCCCAUUUCGGGUCGUGACAGCUAGUCUUGAGCCGCAUUUGGGUCUCCCAACUUAUUCAUAGGAUCCCCCAUCUCAGCUUCUUCCUCGCUCCUCGCUCUCAGAUCCGUCAACGACAACGGCCUUAUCCAAGUCCUCCCCCGUAGCCAUUCUCGAUUUGAGUGCUCUAAGGUGGCGAUAAGUCCGUUCGAUUUUUGGGUCCAGAUGUAGCAAUUCUCCCAAGUGGCUAUGGGUCAUGCACUACCUACACCAAGACUGCAAACACAACCCAUGAAGGCAAACAGGCGGAGAAAAGAAAAUACUGAAAAGAAAACGCUAAAGUAACAGGUAUUCACGUUUCUACAAUAACCUAGAGGUCCCCGGAAAUGGAACGUGACUCGCUAAAACACAACACGAAACUACGACCAAGUGCAAUCGUAGUCCAGAAAUGCAGUAUAGUGAUACAAGUAAUAAAUGUCAAUACAAGUCCUAGAUGUACUACCUACUCCGUGAGUUUCUAUUAUGUAGCAACAAAAGUGUAGUGGGUUGUUCAUAAGCAAAGUAAACAAAAAGCAAGAAAUAUUCUGGUUUACAAGAAGCUAAAGGUCAUCCAGAUAUGAGUUCCCCUAGUAUGUUGUUAGUUCAGAAUAUAUGUUCCCAAUUUGCUCCGAUUGAUAGAUAUACUACGAAAAGUCCUUGACAAGUAUGAAAUCUCGACAAAAGUAAUCCAGGCCCUCUCAGUUCGAGUACCCGGCGAGCGACUAACCUCCACCGGCAUAAACUAAUCAAGGCAAUAAAAAAACAAACUUCCUCUACUGGCUUUAAUUCCAGUACAGAGUAGUGAAUCGAUUUCUCGACUAAACAAUUGAUUCACCACUUCCAAUUUAAGGUUGUUCUAUUAACCCAUGUAGAGACUAUCGUUCUAGGAUAGAGCAAGAAUCACAAAAUUUUGAUCAAGACUCAUUCAAUUCUGAUUAAUGCCUCAAUUGAAUAUAUCGAAUCACCAAGCUUGGAAAAUAAAUCAUCAUGUAAGGAAUGAAAAUCUUCUCCAAGAUAGAAAUCGGCACUCCGAGUGUCAAAGACCAAGCUCCAAUGUCCUUUGAUCGCUCCAAUCUACUCCCAAGGGUGUUUCUUGUCACUUUCUCUCUAGGGUUCUCUUUCCUCCCUUUAGAGCUCAAAAAUAUGAAUCCUUUGCAAUCUGCUCGAGAUGGCCUUUUAAAGGCUGGAGAUUCGCGAGUUACGGUCGUAACUCUCUUGCCUAGCCCGUAACUUCCCUUAAAAAGACGACACUUCAAGCACUCCGUAAACCAAGAGUUGAGGCUCCAAAGGGGAAGUUACGAUUGAGACAGUAAUAUUGAGGAAAAUGUAAGUUAUAGGCAUGGAAGGUAAGUUAGAGGCAUGGAAGUUACGAUUGAGACCAUAACUUUCUAAUGCUCCUGGAACUUUUAGCCUUACAUCCUCAGAGUUACAGGCAUGGAAGGUAAUAAAUGUCAAUACAGGUC